UGAGUAGGAGGAUUUGGAAAUCACGGGAGCUGCUGCUGCUAAAGUCACCGCAAACAUGGUUUUUCAAAUCUAUCUCCAUUUUGUCAGCAGUCUUUCUCCCAUUACAAUGGGUCUCCUUUCUGUGAGAGUGCGCUGGAUUCCAGUUGGCAACUACAAAGGGACUUUCACUGGCUGGAUACUGCUCGCUCCAAGGCUACUGUAGCUGAGAGAUCCUGGGACCUCUGACAAAAGCCAGCAGAAGUUUUGAAGAAGUACAUGGAAAAUACUCAUCAGAAAAAAGUGAUCGUCAGUAAGAGGGAGGGUCUUCCAUGUAUUGCACCGCUACUCACCACGGUGGAGGAGACUCCACAGAUCGUCGCUGCUCGAGUCCGAGGACAUUUUCCUGACUGGCUCAAUGGCUAUUUACUUCGAAUUGGACCCGGGAAAUUUGAGUUUGGGAAGGAUAAGUACAAUCACUGGUUUGAUGGAAUGGCUUUGCUUCACCAGUUCAAGAUAGAGAAGGGCACAGUGACAUAUAGGAGCAAGUUUCUACAGAGUGAUACAUACAAGGCCAACAGUGUUCAUGAUCGAAUUGUGAUCUCAGAAUUUGGCACACUGGCCCUCCCUGAUCCAUGCAAGAGUAUUUUUGAACGUUUUAUGUCAAAGUUUGAACAGCUUGCAAUGACUGACAACACUAAUGUCAACUAUGUGCGGUACAAGGGUGAUUACUACAUCAGUAGUGAGACCAACUUUAUGAAUAAAGUGGACAUUGAGACUCUGGAAAAAACAGAAAAGGUAGACUGGAGCAAAUUUAUUGCUGUGAAUGGAGCAACUGCACAUCCUCAUUAUGACCCAGAUGGAACAGCCUACAACAUGGGAAACUCCUAUGGGCCACAUGGUUCUUGCUAUAAUGUUAUUCGAGUUCCUCCAGAGAAGGUGGACCUUGGGGAGACAAUCCAUGGAGCCCAGGUGGUAUGUUCUAUUGCCUCUGCAGAGAAGAUGAAACCUUCUUACUACCAUAGCUUUGGAAUGACAAGGAACUACAUAAUCUUCAUUGAACAGCCUCUAAAGAUGAAUCUGUGGAGAAUUGUCACUUCCAAAAUUUGGGGAAAGGCCUUUUCUGAUGCAAUAAGCUGGGAACCCCAGUAUAAUACACGGUUUCAUGUGGUGGAUAAGCACACUGGACAGCUUCUUCCAGGGAUGUACUACAGUAAACCUUUUGUUACUUUUCAUCAAAUCAAUGCCUUUGAGGACCAGGGCUGUGUUGUAAUUGAUUUGUGCUGUCAAGAUAAUGGAGAAAACCUAGAAAUUUACCAACUACAGAAUCUUAGGAAAGCUGGGGAAGGACUUGAUCAGGUCUAUAAUUCAGCAGCCAAGUCUUUCCCUCGAAGAUUUGUUUUGCCUUUACAUGUCAGUUUGGAUGCCCCUGAAGGAGAGAACCUCAGCCCAUUGUCCUAUUCUUCGGCCAGUGCUGUGAAACAGGCUGAUGGAAAGAUUUGGUGCUCUUAUGAAAAUCUGCAUCCCGAGGACCUAGAGGAGCAAGGAGGUGUUGAAUUUCCCCAGAUCAACUAUGGCCAAUUCAGUGGCAAAAAGUAUCAUUUCUUCUAUGGCUGUGGCUUUCGGCAUCUGGUGGGGGAUUCGCUGAUCAAGGUUGAUGUGGUAAACAAGACACUGAAGGUUUGGAGAGAAGAUGGCUUUUAUCCCUCAGAACCUGUUUUUGUUCCAGUACCAGGAACCAAUGAAGAAGAUGGUGGGGUUAUUCUUUCUGUGGUGAUCACUCCCAACCAGAAUGAAAGCAAUUUUCUCCUAGUCUUGGAUGCCAAGAACUUUGAAGAACUGGGCCGAGCAGAGGUGCCUGUGCAAAUGCCUUAUGGGUUCCACGGCACCUUCGUAAACAUCUGAUGGAACAACCACAAGAUCUGGGAACUACGUUUAAAAUGAAUGUGCUCUGUACAGAAGAGAGAGCAAAAAGGGCAUCUUACCUUUCAAACCAUGAUAACUGGGUUUUAAAUUUCUAUUAGAAACAGAAUUCAUGAGAUAAUUAUGGGUUUAUAUUUUCUUCAGACUCUUCCUUGAAAACAUUAAGCAAGUGUUGAUACAACCUUUUGAAGAGAGUUUUAAAUUUAUAUUUACUGGACAUAUCUUCCUCUAUGUAAUAUGAAUACAUGAAAGAAAAACUAGAACUGGGUCAUUACCACCACCAGAUAGGCGGGUGACAGAGGUCCUCACACUUAGGAGGAGAAAUACAAAUAAUCAUAGAUAGUAGAAUAUGAAUAUAGAUCUGAAAAGUAACAUGUCUUUUCCAUCUCAGCCUGCCUGUUGCCACUGGUCCCAAGGUACUCACAGACGACAGGAAGCCAGCUAUGUCAUUCUUGGAGGCUUCUUCUAAACUGGCUGUUUCUGUGCUGUCCAUGCAGAUGCCACUGCAUUUGAACCCCCACUACCACCUCCCACCCCGCAUAGGGUGUUCUUUUGAGGGACAUCACUAAAAUCAGGCAUUUCUUCUAAUCUCCAGAUGUAUAGUUCUUCAGAGAUUGAUGAAAAGUAGAUAGUUCUUCAGUUAGUUGGGCAACAGGUGGCACUAGAGACCAUAUAAUCUCCACAUUUCUAACCCUCCCCAGUUUUUACCAACAGCUCGAAUCAGCCUAGGUCUAUCACUUAAGCCACACUCUUGCUAAGGCCUUCAAAAUCCCUUGUUCCCUUUUCCUCCAGUUAUAUCCCCUCCCUCCGCUAAACUCCAACCCUGGGCCAGUUAAACUGUCCUUGCUCCCUCUGCAGGCUGAAUGUUGCUGGAGAAGCCCCCCAAACAUGUAGUCACCUCAUUAGGCUCACUGCACAGUCCUGGACCAACAUAAUCAAUUGCUUCUCAAUUUUCCUUGAGUUAUUAUAAACGUCACAAACUCUAUCCGCUUUAAUGAAUUGUUCCAUACACACAAAUGCCACGUGUGGGGGUUUACCUUGUGGCAAUAAAAUAAAAGUUCCAAGUUUUGUAUCUGGGUUGGUGAGAUACAGAACAACAGCAGCAGUUACAGAAUGGGAAGAAGAUGCCUCAACAGAGUGGAUGUAGCAGAUGUGGGAGCUUAGAGGCUGAGGUAGCCAUAAGAACAUAAAUCAUCUGCUAUUUCACGGAAGUCCUUGGAAAGGCAUUGUACUCCCCAGACAAGACACGGAGGUUUGAUCUAGAUCUUCUCUGAACCUGAAGGGUCAAGGAGACUCUAGUUGACAACUGGGAAGUACACAGAUCUGAUCACGUCUUUCCUCUGUUUGUAAACCUUUACUCCAUCCUGAUACACAGGGAGUGAAGUUUAAACAUAUAAAAGUUAGCAGUAUAAUCAUAAAAUUUUGACCCAAGGAUGCCUGAAUUCUACCUUGGCUCUACCAUCUAUAAGGUUCUUAAAGGAAAAGACAAAAGAGUAUUGAUGACAUUUUAAAAUCUGGGAGCGUAUGCCUGGUAAUCCAAUGGAGAAAGUGCUCAUAAAAUUGAGUGAGCACAUGACUAAGACUCACACGUAGGCAGGGCCUCUUCCCCUCUCUCCAGCCGACUCAUCACGGGCCAUUGUCUGCAGACUCAGGAAGGGGAGUGUGUGGUGCACAAGUGAGGGGAAAAGGGAUUUGGGUCCACCCUAGUGACCUUAUCUUAACAAAUUACAUCUGCAAAGACCCUAUUUCCAAAUAAAGUCAUAUUCUGAGGUACUGGGGGUUAGGACUUCAAUACAUUAAUUUUGGGGGGGGACAAUUCAACCAUAACAGGAUCACUGAGAGUGAAUUUGGUGAAUACCUUUAUAUAGAAUUAGCUUUAAUAAAAAAAUUUAGAGCAAGAACUCUUCAAAUGCAAUGACUAAAUUUUUCCUGAAGUCAAUAAGUAAAGCAAUUCUCAGAAAUUCCUUCUAGUUUUUACUUUUGAAUUUGAUUCUUUCAACUGUUUUGGAAUGAAUAAAGUGUUUGUGUGACCACUGA